UAAUCCAUGGCUGCGGUGCUUUCCGUGCUAGGGAGGGCAGGGGAGAAAUGUAUUUUCCAUGGGGCUGCUGCCAGACCUUGUCAGAGCAUCUGGUAGCGUAACUGGGAGCCAAUUUUAUUUGAUUUUCCAUCUCUGCAGGGACCUGAGCUCAGCCUGCUGAUAAGUAUGAUAUGGAGGUCCUUCUGCAUGGGGCUGGGCCCCCAUGGUGCUGCAAACCCUCCCUUCUUAUCAAUGGGAUGUAUUUUGGGAAUGGGGAAUGUAAUAGGGAAAGGGCAGGGGGCUGCGCUCAGCCCCUCUUGCAACCUGGAGGAGAUGAAGCUUCAGCUAGAUGGGACCUUGUACAGGGGGUUUGGGUCCCUCCACUGAAUCACUGCAGUUGGAACCUGAUGCUCCUCCACCCCUUGCUCCCCCCGGUACUUGCCCACCUCCAUUGCACACCUGUAUCUGCGUCUCUGCUGCGCCCAGGGCAGGCAGCCCAAGCAGUUUAACCCUGCUCCAGCUUUCAGAUCCUUCCUCAGCCAUACAAGCAUCUUGCUGCUCAGCCACAAGGAAGAACAGCAGCAGCCUCCCUCCUCUGCGGUGCACACGCUUGCUCUUGCAUGCACACAUGUGCUCCCCCGCCUUCUCCUCCUCCUCCUCCUCCUCCUCCUCCUCCUCCUCUCCUCCCCAGGCACCCUGACCUCGCUUUCCCCUCCAUCUCUCCCAGGCCCCUCGGCAGCUGACCCCUAGCUCUGGCUCCUCUCCGCCUGCUUCAAGGCCAAGCUCUGCAGCAGACUGCGGUUUGCCCGGCGGGAUACCCCGGCUCAGGCUGACCCUGCUGGGGCCAAUGCAAAUGGGGUUUGAACCAGCCCUCGGGUGUUGUGAUUUUCCCAUCCCACGUUGGAGAUCCCAUCCCAUCGCUGGAGAUAAGUGCCACGCAAGAGCCCCCACCGGUGCAACCUUCCAGCGCUGGCAGGCGAGGGAUGAAGUAGCCGUGUCCCCCCCUCAACUACCCAGAGACUUCGACGAGAAACAGCAAUGCCAGCAGCCUCUCCUCGCUUCCUUCUGAUGGUUUAUUUCUGCAGUCGGGACCUCCUCCCAUUGACUCCCCAGCCCGGGGGUUUCUCCAGGUCCCCACAGUCAGAUGGAGAGAUGCCAGGAGGCUGGAACACCUCCUCUAACAGCCCGGAGCUGCGAGCCGCAGGGAUUAUUGUGCCCGUCAUCUUCUCCCUCAUCUUCCUUCUGGGCACUGUGGGGAAUGGGCUGGUGCUGGCCGUGCUGCUGCGGAACAGACAAAUCAAGUACAAUACCACCAACCUUUUCAUCCUUAACCUGGCCAUGGCUGACCUGUGCUUCAUCAUCUGUUGCGUCCCCUUCCAGGCCACCAUUUACACCCUGGAUGGGUGGCUGUUUGGGGCCUUUGCCUGCAAGGCUGUGCAUUUCCUGAUCUACCUCACCAUGUACGCCAGCAGCUUCACACUGGCUGCCGUCUCCAUUGACAGGUACCUGGCCAUUCGCUAUCCGCUGAAGUCCCGGGAUCUCCGCACUUCCCGAAACGCAGGAGUGGCCAUUGUAGCAAUCUGGUCACUGUCACUGCUCUUCGCAGGGCCUUACCUCAGUUACUACCAGAUUGUCCAUUACCACAGGGUGCCCAUCUGCGUCCCCGUCUGGGAGGACCAGCGCCGAAAGAUUCUGGACAUCCUCACGUUUGUCUUUGGAUACCUCUUGCCUGUGACUGUGGUGAGUCUGGCAUACGCCAGGACCAUCAAGUUCCUAUGGACCUCUAUAGACCCCAUAGAAAGGAUCUCAGAGUCCCGGAAGGCCAAGUGUAAGGUCACCAAGAUGAUCGUGGCUGUGGCCAUCCUGUUCUGCCUCUGCUGGCUGCCCCACCACCUGGUCAUCCUGUGCUUCUGGUUUGGCCACUUCCCCUUCAACCGAGCCACUUACGCUUGCCGCCUGGCUUCCCACUGCCUUUCAUAUGCCAACUCCUGCCUCAACCCCAUCGUCUAUGCCCUCAUCUCCAAGCAUUUCCGCAAGCGUUUCAAGCAGGUCUUCACUUGCAUCUUCUUCCAGAACAAGACCAGGAAGAAGAAGAAGAGAGUUGGAAAGAAAGUCCACAUGGUCCAUGUGGGCAAAGGUUUCACCAACAGCACCAGAGGUUUCUAUGGAGGCAAGACUGAGGUGAACCAGGUCCCAGAGGAGAACAUGAGGAUGAGGGACCCUGAAGGUGCCAGUCGUGAUGCCGGAGCACAGACUCACCGGCUACAAGAUGCCAUGGUCUCUGUGCAGAAGGAGCUACUGGAGGAGGAAAGUUUGGCAACAGCUGGCCAUCCCCUGGCCAUGACCCCUACAAGAGGAACUGAGGAGUUUGUGACUCUUCAUUACAGAUGAGCAAAGUGAAGGAGCCUGUUUUCCAGCCUGUGAGUAACCACUCCAUUCCCAAUGGGCAGAAUAAUGUGGGACUGAGGGGAAUGGACACAGCAGAGCCACCAAAACCUCCUGUGGCAAUGGUUAACCUGUUGUCCCCUCUCACCUUCACUCCCUGGCCCACUGUAUUCAUAUGAGAAUGGCACAAUCCACCCAUAGAAAUGCAGUGUGGAGGGACAUGUUGAUGUGAUGCCACGUGACCUUGGUGGCGUUUCUGCAACAGGUUUUGAGGCCUCCAUUUCCCUCCUUCCUAACUUGCUAAUUUUGUGCAGCACCUUAGAAGUCUAAGAGAGAGACAACCAAAAUAGAAACAUCUUGGUAGGAGAUCCAGGCUACUAAGAGUGCUUUAGAGCAUGGGCGGGAAGUGUGGAGAGGGUGCACAGGGACCUCUCUCCCUGGCAAGGCUGGGGAACUGUGCUCAGCCCCAAGCUAUAAAACACUGUCCCUUGCCCACAUGUCCUUUUCCCGUGGUCCAAGGGUAGACUUAGUCCACCUCCAUCCCUUUCCCUAGCCCCUGCAUCCAGAUCAGAGGGCCUUUGCCACACUGCCUCACGAGCAAGGAAGUCAGCCCUCUGUGCCAACAGCUCAAUGAUGCAAACUCUGUGGCAGUCACUAGUCAUACUCAAGUGAUUUCUGCCACAGCAAGUGAGGAAAGGAAAGCCUUGUGUGCCAACACCUCUGCGUGCCUCCCCUCUGCAUCUGUAGCACCUCUGAAGUUCAAGGAGGAAAGGGUUGCCUGUCCAGUCUCUUCCCUCAACUCUGACCCACCAGAAUUACUCUCUGGAUGAUGUUUCCUAGACCUCUAUCUCACCUGGCUUGAGCUCUUGCGGCAGAUCCUGCAGGACACUGUCCCACUUCCUAAUGCCACUUGUGGAUCAGAAAUAUUUCCUUAGAGCCAUCCCCAGUUCUUCCUAAACAAACCCAGUACCUUCUCAUUCCGCUGUGGUGGUGUUCCACCUGAUUCAGCCACCUGCUUACUUUCUGUUUGCGUUUUGCAAGCUCCUGAGGGUUUGCUGCCUCCUCUUUGAUCUUUCCUUGCUACGUGGAGUUUCAUCCCUUCUUUCUGCAGCUGAAGGACCUGUUGCUCUCUGAGCGGUGACAUUAUUCAUUGAUGUUAGCCCCAUGUGUGUCAUUUACUGACGUGGCCAGCCAGUGUUUUCCACAUGAUGGUGAUGAUUGUGAGUGAAUUGAUGUCUGUCACCGGAGCAGAAGAAAGUAGCUAAGCUGCAACAUGAGCUGUGGAACUAGGUGACAGUUGUGGUGAGGAGUAAAAAGAAACAGACCCAUGUCCACUUGGUUCAAUCCUGUCUCCUCAGUGCCCCUUUCUACCCAACGGAGAGGGUUUCCAGAAGAGUGUGAGGCCAACACAGCUCAGUGGGCUGGGAUAUCUUCGAAGACGGCCACUGCUGUGGGAGCAACAUCUGCCUCAGAGAAAAACUUUCCCCUGCUCCGUCCCCUGCUGCCCCCAGCAGCUGUGGAGGAGCCUCUGGCCUUGGCAACAGCUCAAUGACACCUCACAGCAGGACCAGCCAUCCCCUCUGGCCUGACCAUGGGAAGGAUGGGAAGUGCUGCUGGGAUGGCGUGGUGGGACAAAAAUCACAAUCACCAGAAGGUGCUGGAAUUUCUCCCUUGAUUGACCUGAA